AUGGACGAAUAUGGAAAAAAAAAAAAUAAUCUCAAUGGUCUUUCUGAUCUCUGGUUCUUGCUUAAGCUCGAACACAAAUAAAAAUAAAUUAUUGUGUUUAUUAUAGAUUUAAAAAUAACCUGAAAAUGUCACUGUAUAAUAUAGAUUCACGUGAGAAAUUUGAAAAUUUCAUAAAGCCACCAAUAUUAUCUGUAGUACAUUUUACUGCUGAAUGGUUAGUUGAAUGUACAGUAGUAUCAGAUGUCUUAAAAGAAUUACUGAAGAUUCCUGAAAUAAAAGCUAGCAAAAGCCAAUUUGGUGAGUGUGAAGCUGAAAAACUUGAUGAAAUAGUCUGGACAUAUAAGGUCGAAGCAGUUCCAACAAUAUUAUUAUUUAGGAAUGGUAAACUAGUGGACAGAUUGGAUGGUGCAAGUGCAAAAUUGAUUACUACUAAGAUCAAAGCCCAUUGUCUGGAAAAAGAAGUCUCUGAAAAAGAAGAUGUAAAUGUGUCACCGCAAAAACUGGAAGAUAGAUUAAAGGCUCUAAUAAGCAGACAUAAUGUUAUGUUAUUCAUGAAAGGGAACCGAGAUGCACCUCGUUGUGGAUUCAGCAGAACAAUAAUUCAGAUCUUGAACGAAACAGGAGUAUCUUACGAUACAUUUGAUAUCUUGACGGAUGAAGAGGUACGACAGGGUCUGAAGGAGUAUUCAGAUUGGCCAACAUAUCCUCAACUCUACGUUAAAGGGGAACUAAUCGGAGGUUUAGAUAUAAUUAAAGAACUAAAAGCUAGUGGAGAUUUGGAUGCUACACUCAAAGCAUAAUUAAUCAGAUUAGCAUCUACCUAUUGGUACAUUAUUAUUAUUUAUUGCAAUAAAUUGUCCUU